CGCGGGUUAGCGAUUGCUAGGCUGGUGUGCACACGGAAGCCAUACCUGUCCAUGACUCUGAGAACAUUAUAAUGUCCUUUUGUGCCUCUUUUCACAAGGGGUUUCCCUAGCUGUUACCUACUCAAGACAUGGAUGUCAAAAACUCACCAUCUAGCCUUAACUCUCCUGUCUCCUACAACUGCGGUCAGUCCAUCCUACCCCUGGAGCCAGGCCCCAUAUAUUUACCUUCCUCCUAUGUAGAGAGCCGCCAUGAAUACUCAGCCAUGACAUUCUAUAGCCCUGCUGUGAUGAAUUACAGUAUUCCCAAUAACUCGGAAGAUGGGCCUGGUCGACAGACCACAAGCCCAAAUGUAUUGUGGCCAACUCCUGGACACCUCUCUCCUUUAGCCAUCCAUUGCCAGUCGUCACUUCUGUAUGCAGAACCUCAAAAGAGUCCUUGGUGUGAAACCAGAUCAUUAGAACACACCUUACCUGUGAACAGGGAGACAUUAAAAAGGAAGUCUAGUGGGAGCAGUUGUGCCAGCCCUGUUACUAGUCCAAGUUCAAAGAGGGAUGCCCACUUCUGUGCUGUCUGCAGCGAUUAUGCAUCAGGAUAUCACUAUGGAGUCUGGUCCUGUGAAGGAUGUAAGGCCUUUUUUAAAAGAAGCAUUCAAGGACACAAUGAUUAUAUUUGUCCAGCUACAAAUCAGUGUACCAUAGAUAAGAACCGACGUAAAAGCUGUCAGGCCUGUCGACUUCGGAAGUGUUAUGAGGUCGGAAUGGUGAAGUGUGGCUCCCGGAGAGAAAGGUGUGGGUACCGCAUAGUGCGAAGGCAGAGAAAUUCUGAUGAGCAGCUGCACUGCCUGAGCAAAACCAAGAGGAAUGGUGGACCCAUGACCCGAGUGAAGGAGCUGCUGCUGAGUGCCCUGAGCCCAGAGCAGCUGGUGCUCACGCUCCUGGAGGCCGAGCCGCCCCACGUGCUCGUGAGCCGCCCCAGCGUGCCCUUCACUGAGGCCUCCAUGAUGAUGUCCCUGACCAAGCUGGCCGACAAGGAACUGGUACAUAUGAUCAGCUGGGCCAAGAAGAUUCCGGGCUUCGUGGAGCUCAGCCUGUACGACCAAGUGCGGCUCUUGGAGAGCUGCUGGUUGGAGGUGCUCAUGGUGGGGCUGAUGUGGCGCUCCAUCGACCACCCUGGCAAGCUCAUCUUUGCUCCAGACCUCGUUCUGGACAGGGAUGAAGGGAAAUGUGUUGAAGGAAUUCUGGAAAUCUUUGACAUGCUUCUGGCAACAACUUCAAGGUUUCGUGAGUUAAAACUCCAACACAAAGAAUAUCUCUGUGUCAAGGCCAUGAUCCUCCUUAACUCCAGUAUGUACCCUUCAGCUACAGCACCCCAGGAGGCUGACAGUGGCCGGAAGCUGACUCACCUGCUGAAUGCCGUGACGGACGCUCUGGUCUGGGUGAUUGCCAAGAGUGGCAUGUCCUCUCAGCAGCAGUCCAUGCGCCUGGCUAACCUGUUGAUGCUCCUCUCUCACGUCAGGCACGCCAGUAACAAAGGCAUGGAACACCUGCUCAACAUGAAGUGCAAAAACGUGGUCCCCGUCUAUGAUCUGCUGCUGGAGAUGCUAAAUGCCCACACGCUUCGCGGCAACAAGUCUUUGGUCACAGGGUCUGAGCGCAACCUGGUGGAGGACAGUGAGAGCGAAGAGGGCUCCCAGAACCCCCAGGCUCAGUGACGCCCAGCCCCGAGCUGUGGUCAGGCUGCAGAGAAGGUCAGAGGCUGAAGCGUGAACUCCAGCAUAAACCGUGAGCCUCGCCAGAAGGGGGCGGGCUUCCUUGGCUUUCUGCCAUGUGGUCCUUCCUGUGGCUCCUCAAUGCCAUCCUUCCCCGACCUCCCCAUCUCCUGGGUGUCAGGGAGCAAAAGCCAGUGCUCCUUCUCAUCAGGGGGCAGAGUUUGAGCACAGAGUUUAUGUCUGGCUUGGCCUCAUGGGGGCUCAUUGUGGUCCCUCCGUUACUUCCCAUCUCCCUCCCACUCUUUGGAAAAUGUCUUCGGGAUUUUGGAGUGACUGGAGGAAACUGACUUGGAAGGGCUGUCAGGGGAGAAAGGGGAGAAAAUGUAGGACAUGCACAGAAGGGGACUAACCUUUUCUGUGCCACUUAAGCUGCCCUUUGAGUAGUCCUUUGUAUGCUGCCUUCUGGACCACUUGAUUGUAGGGUUGAAAACCACAACGACCAUCAGCUAACUGGUUCCACAUGCCUGCCUCACAGGCCUGUGAGAUGGAUGGUCAUACAUUGCUAUGAUUCUGUCCAAGGCCAGAGGGAACGUGACCUAGGGAGCCAGUGGUCAGACUGGGGUGGGAGCCACAUUCUUCCCCCAAAACCUUGCUGCCACCUUCCUGCAGGUUCACCCCUGUUGGUUUGCAUUUAGAGAGCCUGUGAAUUAUUUGGGGUAUGUGUGUGUGUUUUCACCUCCAUGGAGAAGAAAUGUGGAGAUGUAAAUACUCUGCUCCUGGAAUUGCCUUUCUUAAAACUCUUGUGUCCAAGGAGUUCAGUACGUGUGCUGGAGAAAGGACCAGUGUUUGCAGGAAUGGGGUUUCUCCUGUGGGUGUGGGUCACAGCCACCAUGCUUCCCUGGGGUGGCCACAACUGCCACAUCAGCCACCCAGGGGAGACAGGGACACUGCAGGCUGUGUGUGUGUGAGGUGUGCUGAUCCACAGAAGGAUGAAUAGCUACACACACGUCAGCAUCAGCGUGCCAGGUUCAGGAUCAAACUGUAUAGACGGGAUGAGCACACCACUUGAACAAGAUUGUGAGCUCUAUUAGAAAAGAGAGAUAGUUAGGAUAAUUAUUUAUAGCAAGGAAAAAGUCUUUUAUACCCUAGGGCUCUUUUAAAAUAUUUUCUUAUCAGAACAUUUAUAUGGUGGGUUGGGUGAAAUAAAAACUUAGUAAAAUAUUAAUUCUUAUUCCAAGUGGAACAUAAAUAGGACACGAUGAUAAAGCACCUCUGAAAUUACAAUUUUAACUCAUUUUUUAAAAAUUUAAGUUUUCGUACAAAUUUUCAGGAGCAUAGUGAAUGCAUAAAGCGAGUUUAUGUCUAUACUUUGGAAGAGAGCAGUUAGAUAAUCAUGUGUGAUUUUUGUGAUGUUUUUAAAAAUUACUUUGUAAUAGGAGAUUGAACACAUUUUCUUUUUGAAAACAGUAAAUACAGAAUGUGCUCACCACAGUAAAUCUAAGUCAUUAGGAAGAUUACAUUCAAUAACAUAAGGUUGGUUUCUGCCAGUGUGAUCUUGAAUAAUUGUUAAUUUUGAUAUUGAUGCAGUUUUACUAAAAAUGUUGAGCAAAGCUGUAUCAGAAACACUUGACCAUGUACCAAGAAGAACACAGUGUUGAGGGGAUUUGAAAUUAUUCUUAGUGACUCAAUGUUGUAGCUUUAGUGAGAUUCAGUACAGCAGAUACUUUAGGUUUUAUAGGAACCAAGGAACCAGUGUUUUUUGGGUCAAUUUUCUUUCUUUCCAGUCAGUUUAGGACCCCCUAUGGCAAACAAGGGGAUGGAGGCUAGAGAGUGGGAAGUGGGAGGCAAAGAAGGCAGUUAUUUGAAGAACAAUUAUUUGCUGAUGAAUUUCUCUUAAUUGUAUUUAUAAAAAAGACUACCAGUUUGAAAAAAACAACAUUAAAGAAAACAACAAAAAUAAUACAGAAUGAGGUUCAAGCCACCACCCCAUGACUGCGUAGUGGUUCUUCAGGUUGGAUUUCGAUGCCAAGGAAGGCAUCCAACUGGUCUCGGGCGUCCAAGCUCCUGUCUGUGCCAAACCCUGUAUGUCACCCACAUGAGGCUCGCUGUCAUGAAAACUCCUUCAGUGCCCAAUGCCCAUCUCCCACAAACACUCCUGUAUGCUGCUUGAGGUUGCUUGUUUCACUGCAUUUGGAUUUAGCCCUUGAGGAGAAAGUUGACGCUUUUGGUCAUUUCUUCUUGGCUGUGGUCUCACCUGAUGUGCUGGGGAUACAGGUGAGUGAGUCCAACCUGAGAGGCUGCCCUGGUGCAAGGCUGUCUCUUAGACUGGCAUCUAGGCCAAGCAGGCAGCUGAGAUAAAAUGGUAUGUAGUUCAAAGGUGUUCUUUGUUUUGUUUUGAAUACCCUAGGGUCCUUUCCCCCUUUCAGAUGUAGUGUGUACAUCUGUUACCAGUCGCUCUAAAUCCUUCCUCUAAGGAUUGCAAACUGCAAAAUCAGGCUGCUGUUUUUAUGGGUUUUGAGUAAACCCUCCAUGUUCGUUUUAAAGAUGAGCCAUUUCUCUUAAAUAGUGCUUUCUCUUAAAUGUCUUUUGGAGGGUAUCUAACCACUCAAAGGGUUUCCCUGGUGGUUCAGACCGUAAAGAAUCUGUGGGAGA